UUCCUUUUCCUUCUCCCCCUUGUUUUUCCUGUUGCUCCUCUACUUUUGACUACAGAUGUGUUGAUGUGUGUGUCUGUUCUGUGUCCCUGCAGGGAGGGGAAGUAUGGUCACGCUGCAUGCUUCGGCUUGCAGCCCGGCUGCCUGCUGGCUAACGGCAGGCGGCAGAUGUCGGUGGCGGCCAUGGUGGCCAACUUCAGCAAACCGACAGCUGACGCCCCAUCUCUCCUGCAGCACGACGAGGUGGAGACGUAUUUCCACGAGUUCGGACACGUCAUGCACCAACUCUGCGCUGAGGCGGACUACGCCAUGUUCAGCGGGACUCACGUGGAGCGGGACUUUGUGGAGGCUCCAUCUCAGAUGUUGGAGAACUGGGUGUGGGAGAGGGAGCCUCUGCAGAGGAUGUCCAAGCACUACAAGACCAACAGCGCCAUCCCAGAGGAGCUGCUGGACAAACUCAUCAAGUCCCGCCUUGCAAACACCGGGCUGUUCAACCUGAGGCAGAUCGUCCUGGCUAAAGUGGAUCAGGCUCUGCACACCAGGAACGGACUGGAUGCUGCAGAGGAAUACGCACGCCUCUCUCAGGACAUCCUGGGAAUCCCUGCUUCACCAGGUCACUUUUUAAAUGCCGCAGAUGAUUAUUCCACACAUUUUAAAGAACACAAAAGGCAGGCCACUAGCUCCCAAAUACAAGUGUCAUUCUCCUUCUGACGAUUUUGAUUACAAGUUUGAAUAACGUUGUACCUUAAACAAGCCCUAUUAUGCUAAUUAUCAAGUGUAUAUUAGU